UCAUUAACCAAACAAAAUUAGCAUCUUUUAAAUUCAGUUGUUUUUCUUAUUUUCUAUGUAAUUUAUAUUGUACGCGCAUUAUUAUUGACUGUGAGUCGAGAAAUCGCCUAAAGGAAUAUUUUCGCCAAAAUCUUUGCUUCCUGGCAGCCAUCUUGAAAUGAGAAAUAGCGCAACGUCGCAAGUUCACACGGCGUCGUGAGACAAGAUGUCGGAAAGUUCCUGAUAGGAAGCGUACUCCGGAUUGUCAAUAUUUGUAAAGUUUGCUAACGCACAGUGCAUCUAAAUCUCAGUAGGUACAUUUACACAUGAAGAAUCCGCUCAUUUUAAAUAUCAGGUCUAAGUGAAACUCCCAGAGAGAAUCGCAAGCAGUACAAUUUUUUGGAACUCUUGUCAUUAAAUUUCAAGAAAUGAAGUGAGCACUUUCAUUUCGAAUCUCCAAAAUGUCAAGUGAUGGUGAACGGAUACCAAAGCCAUCUAAGCGGCGAAGAUUAUUGUUAUCUGAUAGCGAAAGCAGCGAUGAAUCCAUCAUUAACACACACUCCAGGAGAAGAGUUUCCCGAGUUGUCAGCGAUGCGGAAAGUAGUGAUGAGGACAGCGAUAUUCCAAGGCCAGUAAGCAAACGUAAAAAUCAUAGAUUGCUCAGCGAAAAUGAAUCAAGUUACGGAAGCAGUGAAUCUGACGCUAGUGGCUCAAAUUUCAUCGAAAGCGACUCCAGCUCAGAUUGGCAGUCAGACUGGGAAAGUGUGGAUGAAGAUGAAGAAUGUGGUGCGACUACCGCUUGUCAUAAGUCAGCCGAAAAGGGCAAAAAGUCAAGGAAACAUAGUGAACAAAUCCAAUCAGCUUCAACAUCAGCAGUUGGAUUCGAGUCUGAUGCCAGCGAUGGGCAAUCUGAGAAAUGUCCAAUUUGCUUACUCUCGUUUAGGAACCAGGAAAUUGCUACUCCGUCGUCCUGUGAACAUUCCUUCUGUCUUGAAUGCAUAGAGGAAUGGAGCAAAAAUGUCAACAACUGUCCAGUAGAUCGCAAAAACUUUACUGUGAUUCAUGUCAGAUCGAAAUUAGGUGGCAAGAUUAUUAGACACGUACCUGUCGAGACCAAGCAGACGCUAGAAGAAAUUAUUCAAGAAGAUCCAACCUAUUGCGAGAUCUGUCAUGAAUGUGAUAGAGAAGAUAGGAUGCUUUUGUGCGAUGGUUGUGACUUAGGAUACCAUCUUGAAUGUCUGAACCCUCCGAUGGUAGAAGUUCCUAUGGAUGAGUGGUUCUGUCCAGAUUGCGCACAAAAUAGCCAGAAUGAUGCUGAAGCUAUAAGACGGAUUCAAGCUUCUGUAGACUUACUUAGUUCAUCCGUCUCGUCUAUUCGCGAUAUCUUCAGGUCUAGAGUUCGCGAAAAUUUCAGGGAGAUGAUGGUGAAUAUGGUUGACAUCGAUCUCGAUGAACUUCCGGAUCUCAUGGAGGAAGCCCGGAGCCUCGGUCUCUCAUAUGGUCGCUCACGGUCCGGCCUACCUCAGAACACGGCCAGUCCGCGCAUCAUUCCGCGUACACGUCAAACUGAACGUGUCCGGGCCAACAUUCGCGCCGGUCGUGAUUUGAAUCGUUCUCGCGUGACCCGCGAACGCGAAACUCGUGAAACUCGACGCUUCGAUCCGGAUCAGCCGUCGACGUCGUCCGGGAUAGAGUCGAUUGGUGAGAACAGUCGCAGCCGUUCUCCGGAUGUCAACGCGCCCUCCACCUCGAGCGGGAGAACCACAACGACUCGUCGCGUUACCACUAAACGAAAAUCGGGUCGCGCUACCACUAAACGGAAAUCGAAAAAACGAACUGCAAAGCCCCGGAAAAGUACUAUACUCCGCGAAGUGCGCAUUACUGAGAUCAACAACGACGGUGAAGAGGAAGAGAUCGUCACAUACGUCAAAGUUGCUGCGACCUCGACCCGCAGGAAGAAGAAGUAUAGGAGGCGCAAGAAGCGAAAAAGUAAGCGGGCACGUACAGUUUCGUCGGUAGCGAAUGCAAGUAAAACGGCAAAGCGGAGAUUAGCCGCCGCUUUGAAAAUUAAUAAACCGACUCGGGGAGUUCCAUUACUCGUACCAACAAUGAAGAAUGUACACCCGAUUCCUGAGCGCAGCCAGCUUACCAAUGCCAGAUACAGUGCCGGAAUUUCACAAGUCAGCUUAUUUGGACGCAACCUCGGCUUAGACUACAGUCCACCUGGGUCGGACGAUGAAUUCGAUAGCACAGUUGGCCAUGGUCCAGCAAUUGUCGCACGUUCAAGGGGGCCAAUUUCUACAGCCAGACGUCGAAUGGCACUCAAAGGAAUUGCUAAUCCUACACCCAGGAUCGAACAAACGAGCAGCGCUAAUCUGCUUGAUAGUAUUAUAAGCAGCCAGGAAUUGUGGCAUUCCAAGAAGAGCAGCGAGGUGACUCUUAGAGCCAAUGGUACUUUGGUGAUGGCUAAUAACGAUGCUGAAAAUAACCACAAUAUAAACAAUAACGAAAGUCCAAUUAAGAAAAAGCCGGAUUCGGAUACUCGAAACCAACUUCCGAGUAACGAUCAUCCCCUAGACCUUACGAAUGUCAACCCAAACGACAUAACCCAAGCACCAAUGUAUAACAGUUCACGAGGUGGAGGUAACAGAGGAAAUUUUCGAGGCGGUUACAGGGACAAUAAUCGCCAAAGUCAUGGAGGUCAAGGUUACAGUGGUAGAGAUUCUUAUUCAGGUGGAGGUGGUGGCAGACGUAGCUUUGGUGGAUCUGGUUCAAGGGACAGAGAUUUCGGUCAACCUGCUAAUUACUCCACGAAUUUUGAGCACCGUGCUCCAGGUGUUUUUGGCACUCCCCCUUUAAGAAAUCGUAAUCCUCAACAAUUUCGCAACGAGAGAAAUCGAUAUUCCCUGCCUGAACGACCGCACUUUCGUGAAGGAAUCGAUAGGCCACCCUUUCCAUUUCCGGAAAAUUUUCAGAGAGGACCUCCACCCGGGAUACCGCCCUUGAUACCGCCUGGUCCCAUGGGAAUGCCGUUCAUGGGCCCGGAUAUUCAACCUGUCAAUCUAGAGGAAUUUUCAGGAGGCAUGUCUGGUCCACAAUCACUGGGCAAUUUCGAAUCCCAAGGAACUUAUGAGUCACAAUCGAGUGAGCCUUCUAUGAGUAAACCAGAUGAGGAAUGCGAUAUUUAUGGUGACAUGGAGGGUCCGAACAAGCAUUCAGAGGGCGAGAGUCAGAAUGAAAGUAUGAAUAAUUCUAGCACUCUUCUUCCUCCUCCCGAACCUCCGUCGGGUUUGCUGGAUUUUGAUGAGAAUUCUAGGAGUGAAAAGGACAACGACAGUGAUCAGGAAUUGGUUAUCGACGAUGCUCCAAAGGAUGAUUCAGCUAGGGCAGGAAAGAAUGACGACAAAUAUGAUCCCUUCAAUGCAGAGGAGAGUGACAGUAACGAUAGUUCUCCACGCAAAGGGAAUGCUGAUAAAGAACCAUCUCCAAUAGAUCUGCCGCCGCUAGAGCCACCACCAUCGCUUGAGAAUUUCUCUGGAUUAAAUAUUCUGAAUAACGAUGACGAUUUCCAGGAACCUAUCAAGUCAACAAUUCGAUUAACUGCCUACGAUGACGACGAUGAUGAAGAUUCGCAGGCAGAUUGUCCAAACUUCUCUAUUUAUUCUUCAGAGACCAUGGACGUCGCUCGUAAUUCUGAGCAAGAGUUGUCUUCGCAGAUUGGACCUCUCGAACCUCCUCCUCUACCUCCGGAUAUCCCUGACAUGCCUGAAGACGAUGACGUUAUUGUUGGUGAUGUGCAGACUUGUGACUUGUCAGAUAUUCCUGAACCUUCGACUCCGUACGUUGAGGCUCUUCAGAAAGAAAGACAAGCUAUAAACAAUUUUCCCUCGAAGAAGAUAUCCGCGAAUGAUUCCAGGGGAAAGAUUACAUUUAAGAUUAAUAAGUUUAAAUUGAAUAGCAAGUUUGGUAGCUUAUAUGAUGAGAUGGAUAAGGAGAUUGAGAAUUCUAUCGAACAAGAGAAGGAACUUGAAGAAAGUAGGGAGAUGGUGGAACAGGAGAAUAUUGAAGCAGAGAAGAAAAAUGAUUCUAAUGAUGUCUCGGAUAUAGAAGAUAUUCCUGAACCCAAGAAGAGUAAGAAAAGAAAAAGAAAGAAAGACAAAAAGAAGGCUAGGAGGAAUUCAGAAGACAGUGAUGUUGAUUUAGGGGAAAGUACAAAAGACGUUGAGCGUGAGGGAGAACAGCCUGAGCUUCCCAUGGAUGAACUUCCUACUCAGAAACUUCAGAGAGAAGACUCUCAAUUAGAGGACUUUGAUAACUCGCAACUCCCGAUUAAAGUAUUGGAUAUUUCAGAACUGCAGACACAGAAACUUGAUUCUGCAAUUGAUCCAAACGAAUUUGAUAUUGCAGAACUGGCGACUCAGAAACUCGAUAGCUUAGACUCCAAUGCUCAGAAUCUUGAUAUAUCGGAUCUCCCAACUCAGAGGCUUGAUAUAGAACUUGACUCCUCGGAACCGCUGACGGAAAAAAUAGAUGAAUCAGAACUCCCGAUACAAAAAUUAGAUGAUUUAGGGCUCCCGACACAAAAAAUAGAUGAAUCAGAACUCCCGGAAAAAAAAAUGGAUGAAUCAGAACUCCCGAUACAAAAAUUAGAUGAUUCAGAGCUCCCGACACAAAAAAUAGAUGAAUCAGAACUUGAUACUCAGCAAAUGGAUAGUUCGGAACUCCCAACUCAAAAACUUGAUGCUUCAGUGUCCCAGAAAAAUGAAUCCGAUAUUUCUGAACUUCAGACGCAGAGACUUUAUAGUCCAGGGGCUGGAGUGCCAACACUUUAUAGUCCUGAUGUGGCAAUACCAACGCUUUAUAGUCCGGAGCCUGAUAAGACAGAAGACGAUGGGGUGAAAACACCAGAUGUGGUACGAGAAUGGGGUAGUAAAAAGAAUGAAGAAGAAGAGGCUACAAUUUCAGUGGAAAAUGAAGUUGCAACGCCAGGGGAUGAGCCAGAGGAAGGAAUUGGAGAAAAGGAGAACUUGGAUCCUACUACUCGAGCUGACAGAAGUCCAGAGACUGUCAUUUCGAUUGCAGACACGACGCAAUCUUCUCAGAAUGAUGACUGUGAGAUUGUCGAAGCUAGGGCCGAUGAAGAUGUUGAUUCAAAUAGUUAUACUGGAAAGGAUAAAAGAUUGAAAAUACAAACUGGAGAGGAUCAUAGUGAGAUUUUCACACAAGAAAGAGUCGAUGGGGAAGAAGAUUUUCCACUGGAAAAAGAAGGCCACACUUCUCAGCGAGAAGUUCCUUCUCAAGAAACUUGGGACUCUGAUGGUGGUUACACUCCUUGCAAGGAUGAGCUACCCUUGAAGGAAAGAAGAAAGAGGACAGUUUCGCCGUUUGACGAAAGUGGUUUGGAACCAAUCACUCCACCAAAGGACAAGAAUGAUGAUUUAGAUCGUUGCAGAACUCCAGCAGCUUAUGCAGGACUAGGCACCGAAGCUAUUUCUGAAACUGAUGAGGCGAUGAACUUUGAAGAUGAGUUGACUUUGUUGUCUUUAAGGAAAGAAAAAGAAAUGGAGGAGGGUGAGAUACUAGAAGAUGGCAGACUCGUUCGCAGGGCCAAGUCCAAGGACAAGGAUGAUGAGAGCAAGAAGAAAAAGAAGAAGGACAAGAAGGACAAGACUAAAGAAUCAGAGAAGAAUAAGGAAAAUAUUUCUUCUGAAAACUUAGUUUCCUGGAAGAAAGUUUCCAAGAGUAAUAAGGACAGAAAUUAUAGAGAAAAGGAUAGAAGAUCGAGGUCAAGGGAGAAGGAGAAGGAUAAAGACAAGAAGAAAAAGAAGGAGGCGUUGAAGAAAAAGGAAAAGAGGAAGGAAUUGCCAAGAUACGACGUCAGAAAAAUUGUGGCUGAGAAACCGCGUCCGAGGAAAGAUGAAUAUGGAAGAGAUAUUCGAGAAAUGUCGCGUAGUUUAACGAGAAGCAAAUCAAGAAGCAGAAGUGUUUCGAAACCGCGUAGAAGUGUUUCAAAAGCUCGUAGAAGUCGAUCGUAUUCCAGGGUGAGGUCCAGGACGAGGUCUAGGUCGAAACGCAGAUCUUGGUCUAGAGAUAUUCUAAGAGACAGAGUUUCGAGAGGAAGGACAUAUUCUAGGGGAAGAUCCUUGUCGCCCAGGAGGCGCAAGUCUCCGAGGCGAAGGUCCCUUUCGAAGAAAAGAAGAUCAAGGUCUCUGUCACGAAGAAGGAGGUCCAUUUCAGCUCGGCGUAGGAAGAGGUCGCACUCCAGGAAGCGAAGGUCCAGAAGCCGGACUAGGUCUCGUGAUAGAAGGAAGGAGAAGAAGAAGCACAAAUCCAGAAGUCGAUCCAGGAACCGAAAGAGGUCGCGCUCCAAGAGUGCGAAAAGGGCAGCCUCGAGAUCCCGAGAGAAGAAACACGUCAAGAGGAAACAAGUGAGCAGAUCAAGGUCUAUGGAAAGGUCACUUUCGCAGGAGAGAGGAGAGAGGGAACGCAACAGGAAUUGGGAGAUGGCCGAAAAAGUUAUCAGUCGAGAACAGCACUUCAGAGAGAGGGAUGAUCGAGAAUCCUGGAGUGCACAGUGGACUCCGUCUCUUUCCGCAUCUAGGUCCAAGACUCCAGAACGUAAUGAACUUCCGCCACGAGGUUGGUCACCAGUUCACGUUAUAGACAACGUGACAGUUCCACCCAAGAACUUGACGGUUAUUCUAACAAACAAGGAAGCAAUAAAGAAAAAGAAAAAGGAGAAGAAAAAAGAACGAAGGAAGUCUAAGGAAGAAGAAAAGCGGAAAAAGACGAAGAGGAAUAGAACUCCGCCACCGUCUAAAGAAGUCUUUGCGAGUGGUGACAAUAUUUUGGUGAGCGUUUGCUUCAACAAGGAAAACGAGUCUAACCAGAUGCAGCUUCCCGAACUGCCGGAGACGAUACCCUUGAUGCCGCCGACAAAACGCAGACGCAGAGAGCCCCUACAACUGGAACCUCCGAAGAAGACGAAGAAGGAUAAAGCCAAGGAGAAGAGGGCAAAGUCUCCAAAAGCGAAGAAGGAUAAAAAGAAGAAAUCCAAAGCGGCCGAGAUUGCUGCUACGAAGAAACCAGUUGCUGUUAUCGAUUUGGAUCAAUCGCCAUUUAGAGAGCAGACACCCUCACCACGUGAUGUCAUUGUUUUAAGUGACGAUGACGAAAAACUAGCUCAGAAUUUGAUAGCCAUUGAGCCCCGCCAAUCUUCCCAAACUACUCCUCCACGAGAUCAAUUUGUUUCCCAGGGUCCUAAAACUCCUCCUGAGCCGCAGGUCAAGUUUUCGAUUAAUAAUAAAACAAAUUUGAGACCUUCGAUGAUGAAUCCUCUGUUGGAAGAAGAAGAGGAGGAGGAGAUUGACGAAAGGGUUGAAGAAGAAUUGGAAAUGAGGGCGCAGGAAGAGCUAGAGUUGCGACUGAAGAUCGGACCCAAUACACCUCCUGAACCACCUUCUUCGCCACCCACUUCUCCUGAUGCUUAUGAUCCAUUUGAUCCUACCAAGUCCCGAUCACCAACUCCUGUUCAGAGUCAAGAAGCUACUCCUCUCAGUGAUGAAAGGAAUCAACGCUCUUCGCCUAGAAAACACGAUACUGCUGAUACACCUUUAACUUCCAAUGAUAAUCAACAGCAGGAACAGCAGUCUUCUGAAAAGCUGACGGACAAACCGAAGAUUAUAUCGAUGGUGACUCUGAAAAGACCUUCUCCUAAGAGGGACAUCUCUCCUGAGAAUGAUAGUCUGGGUGAUGUGGCCAUUGUUAGCGAGAGUCCGACUAAAAGUCAACAGAAUCAACAAAAUGCUCAAUCAACCGCAACUCCAUUUCCAACUAUUAAUCCUGUUCUGGCGACAGUCGCUGCUGCUGUACAGAGGAAUAUGUUUAAUGCAAACGCUCCCGCAACUGCUCAGAGAAAUCUUUUGCAGACAAAUCGCAUCUCUCCGCCAAGUUAUCAAAUAAAACAGCGGCCACUUGAAAGACCACAGUUACCAAACUUGUUUGCCAAUUCGAUAAAGACGAUGCCACUUCGUACAUCGAAACCUGCUGCAAAAUCCAACGCUUUAAGUCAAAAUGGUAACGAAACAGAGAUGAUGAACGACGUGAUAGACAUGUCCUCGCCCUACUCACCCGGUUCCACUCUCAGUGACGGACUGUUUGAACCUCCUAGUCCUUACAACAGUCCUCCCCCAGUAUUUAGUAAAUCUAAGGGCAAUAAGGACAGUAAAAAGGACGCAUUCGAUACUCUCUUUGGAUCGUCACCUGCUACCAACAGAAUUUCUACGAAGGUCAAAGUCAAGAAGGACAAGAGAAAAAAACGUGUGUAUCCUCUUUCGUCUGCUACGAAUCCCAAAGUUGGCGUUCGUAUGGAUGAAAAUCAGCUUCAAAUUUUAGACGAUCUCCCAAGUUCUGCUGUGGAAAUGCAAGUAAAGGACAAGUUCUUGAAGAAGCUCAAUCGGCAGGAAAGAGUUGUGGAAGAAGUCAAAUUGGUUCUUAAACCACAUUAUACUAAAAAGCAUGUUACGAAAGAGGAAUACAAGGAUAUUAUGCGCAAAGCGGUGCCGAAGAUUUGUCACAAUCGUUCUGGUGAGAUAAAUCCGAAGAAGAUAGGAGCACUUAUCGAAGCUUAUGUGAAGAAGUGUCGCAGUAACAAAAAGAAGACAACAACUUCCUCUAAAGUGAUGAAACCUAUGAAGAACUUAUGGAGUUGAUCACAGGCGGAAAGUUUUAGAAGGAUUAAUCUACUGGACUCGAUAGGAGUGACAUUAGAUCUCGAUUGAUAAAAUCCCGUGUCGGGAUGGUAAGUGAUUGUGAUGUCUAAUUAUCUUCACAGCGGCAACCGAACAAUGUGUAUUGUAUGUACAUAAUUAACUAAUUGAACAUAAGCGCAAUAUUUUUAUUUAUCUAAGUAUAUGACUUAGAUGCUAUGCUGAGUAUCAUAUACGACUAUUAAUACUGUUAAUUUUAACAAGUAGACUUUUAUUUAAUAUCAGUAAUUAAGCUUUCGAGAGUGUAAUAAGUAAAUCGUGAAUGUACUUUUAGAACAUUCGUAUCUAUUGUAAUUAAACAAAAGUAAAGCAACUUUUUCAACGUGCUAAAGAUAAUUCAGCAAUGACGUUUCAAUAGAUUCAUGUACUUCAUUAAAACGAUUGCACUAAUCUUACCGAUUCGUCUCUUUAAACAUUUUUAUCUUAGGCUAAUAUGAUAAUUGUUAUAAUGCAGAUGUCAGGAUAAUUUUGCGAUUAUGAGGAAUUCAGAAUUAACUUGUAAUGUUGCUGUGCGAUAAUUUAUUAUAUCAGGGUUACCCCGGUUUAUUUCAAUUAGGGAGGUAUAUUUUGAUUGUGCAAAAUAUAUUGUAUUAAAAUGCCAAAUUUUAAAUAUAAAUUCGAUAAAAUGAAACUCUUUAAUAUUUAUUAGACAUAAAUAUUUUAAUUAAUUUGUUCAAAGGGUUUCAGGGCUUAAUUCCGUUCAAUAUUAUUAAUAGGGAGUUUCAAUAAUUGUUGAAUGGUGAACAAUUCUCAUUAUGUUUAUAAGUCGAAAAUUCAUUCGUAUCCAGGGUUACUACAAAACCUAGAAACUCCUGGAAAUUUGUAUUUAUUAAUAAUUUUAUAUACACUUUUGAGUAAAAUGAUUUACAUUCCUAUUUAAUGAGCUAUUGCUAAAGUCUCUUAAUGGUAAUCAUAUGAACAUGCCAAUUUUUAACUCUAAUAUCACAAAAAUUAAUUAAUCUGUCCGUCAAUUAAGUCCUUGUAAAAGGAAAAAUGUCUAGUUAAUAAAUAGAUAUUGCAAAAAGACGUCAAAUUUAAAUGUUAAUCAGUAUUUUUUACAGUUCUUUGGCUAAUUUUAUGGGAAAUUCUCUUUAGUAUUUUUCUAGUGUUAGAAUAUUUUAAGAAUUUUUCCCGAAGAUUCUACCCUAGGAUCGAACAUGGUGCAAAAAAAUCUAAAAAUUGCUAAUAAUUAUUGCGCAGUCCUUAUAAAUAAAAAAAAAUUAUAAUUAUUACCCAAAUUGAUUAAAAUAUCACGAUAUAAAAAAUUUGUAAGUAUUUACACAUUUUUGACAUUUUUUAACUUUUCACCGAUUGACCCAAGGAAAAUUAGGGACAGAAUUUUAAAAAUAUCUUACGAAUUAAUCAAAUGCUUUUAAGAUAAGCCCCAAGAACUUUAGUAGUUUGAAUUUUUCAGAAACAUCUCAAUUUUUUUUUUUUUUGCUAUAUAUGUUUUUA